GCGUGAGUUUGCAAAACUGGUUUCUGCUAAGCUUUAGACAGGAUGAGCUAGCAAAGGAACAGUUUCCUGUUCAGCAAAACUAGUGGCAGCUGCCCUGUCUAAGUUGAUUAUAAGACUGGAUGCAUGUUUUUGGACGAAAUGAAAGAAGUUGUGCUCUGGUCACCCAAGGAGGUGGCAGAUUGGCUGUUGGAGAAUGCUGUGCCAGAAUACUGUGAACCGUUGGAACAUUACACCGGGCAGGACCUGAUCAGUCUAACAAAGGAGGAUUUUGAGAAGCCCCCUUUAUCACGUGUAUCUUCAGACAAUGGCCAGCGCCUGCUGUACAUGAUAGAAACCUUAAAAAUGGAGCACCACAUCGAGGCACACAAAAACGGCCAUGCCAAUGGGCACUUGAUUAUCAGUACAGAGGCCCCCACCAGUGAAAAUGGCUUUAGCGACAAAACCAAACUGAAUGGGAUGCCAAAUGGUUAUAGAAAGGACAUGAUACAGAUCCCCAUGCCAGAGCCAGAACGUUCUCAGUAUCCCUUGGAGUGGACAAAGACUCUUCUGGCUUUCCUUUAUGCACUUUGCUGCUUCACCUUUACCACAGUGACAAUCUCAGUGGUCCAUGAACGAGUGCCUUCCAAGGAGGUGCAGCCACCCCUACCAGAUGCUUUUUUUGAUCACUUUGACCGGGUGCAGUGGGCCUUUUCUAUCUGUGAAAUUAAUGGCUUGAUCCUUGUAGGACUCUGGUUUCUUCAGUGGCUAUUCUUAAAAUACAAGUCUAUUAUUGGCAGAAGAUUUUUUUGUAUAGUUGGCACACUAUACCUGUACCGGUGUAUUACAAUGUAUGUAACUACACUUCCAGUACCUGGCAUGCAUUUCAACUGUUCUCCAAAGCUCCUUGGAGACUGGGAAUCGCACAUGAGGAGAAUAAUGAAGUUGCUUGCUGGAGGAGGGCUUUCUAUCACAGGGGCCCAUGAUAUGUGUGGCGACUACCUGUACAGCGGUCACACGGUUAUGUUAACCUUGACGUAUUUAUUUAUCAAAGAGUAUUCACCUCGGCGACUCUGGUGGUAUCACUGGAUUUGCUGGAUUCUCAGCAUAGUUGGGAUGUUCUGUAUUCUCUUGGCUCAUGACCACUACACUGUGGAUGUGGUGGUGGCUUACUACAUCACUACAAGACUUUUCUGGUGGUAUCACACAAUGGCCAAUCAACAAGUGCUAAAAGAAGCUUCCCAGACAAACCUUCUUGCACAGGUGUGGUGGUACAGGCCCUUCCAGUACUUUGAAAAGAAUGUUCGAGGCAUUGUACCCCGUUCCUAUCAUUGGCCAUUUCCUUGGCCAGCACUACAUGUGGGUAGACAACUGAAGUACAGCAGAUUGGUGAAUGGCACAUAACAGCUACACCAUGGGAAAUGGCAAGAGAACUGUCCCAAAGUGCUAAGAACUCCCCGAGAGAAGAUGCCAUACAAAUUGAACUGCUCCCUCUCCUUUAACCUUUUAAUAAAUUACCCUGACUUUAAUCUAUUCUCUUACCUGGUAAGCACUGUGAUCUUUUUUUCUCUCCAAAGGAUCUGCGAUGGACAACAAUAAAAGAAAUGGUAACUUCUCAUGCACUGUACACAUUUAUUGUUAAUAGAUUUUGGAUUUGCAUUGCUCAUCACCAUGUUUCUUUGUAUAUGAUGCAGCAGCAUAAACUAAAAAGAGAGGCUUUUAUAUCAUAAGUUCUGGUCUUUCCAGUCUCAUCUGGGAAUAAAGCGUAUUAUUUUCUUGGGAAAACAUAAUUUUCAUAUCUCUUGCCCCAAAGAUUGGGCUGUAAGCCAUUUUCUAGCUAAUGUCUAUAUGAAGGUUUCAAUACCUGACUGGGAUAAUAAUACAGGAAUCUUUCUACCUGUUUCGCUGAAGUUACAAAUGAUAGACACAGAAAGGUUUGGUAAACUUUGAUUUUGUAAAUCUGCAG